GGAAAAAAAAUCAAAAUUCCCGAGAAGAAGAAGGGAAAAAAACACACACACAUACAGAGAGAAAAUAUCAUGGCGCUGCUGAGCCCGCGUGUGCCGCGGCUGCCGCUCGCCUCCGCCUCCGCCGCUGGAGCGGGGCUCCGGUGCUGCGUCAGCGGCGGCAGGGCCGGGUCGGCGGCGUGGUGCCACGCGUCGGCGGCCGGCAGCGUGGCGUCGUCGUCGUCGGAGCUGGAGGCCAUCCGGUGGGGGACCGCCAAGCUGCAGGGCGCGCGCGACGAGAUGGAGGACGAGGUCGUCCUCCGCCCCGGCUCCCUCCUCGACGGCUUCUCCUUCGCCGCCGUCUUCGACGGCCACGCCGGAUUCUCCGCCGUCGAGUUCCUCAGGGACGAGCUGUACAAGGAAUGCGCGGCGGCGUUGGACGGCGGCGCGGUGCUGAGCACCAAGAACCUCGACGCCAUCACCGACUCGAUCCAGCGCGCCUUCGCCACCGUCGACGCCAACCUCUCCACCUGGCUCGAGCAGAUGGACAAGGAAGAUGAGUCCGGCGCCACGGCCACGGCCAUGUUCCUCAGGAACGAUGUCCUUGUUGUCUCGCACAUUGGCGACUCCUGCUUGCAGGUCGUAUCACGCGGUGGGAGGCCUCAAGCUGUGACCAACUUCCACCGACCGUACGGGAACAAGAAAGCGUCUCUUGAAGAGGUGAAGCGGAUCAGAGCAGCAGGUGGAUGGAUUGUUGAUGGACGCAUAUGUGGAGAAAUUUCUGUGUCUCGUGCUUUUGGAGACAUUAGAUUUAAGACACGGAAGAAUGAGAUGUUGGUAAAAGGAGUUAAAGAAGGGAGAUGGACUGAAAAGUUUAUCUCACGAAUAAAUUUUAAAGGAGAUUUAAUAGUCUCUUCACCUGACGUAUCCCUGGUCGAACUUGGACCAGAUGUGGAAUUUGUUUUGCUAGCAACAGAUGGUCUUUGGGAUUACAUUAAAAGCUCUGAAGCAGUAGCAUUAGUUAGGGAUCAACUACGGCAACAUGGGGAUGUCCAGGUUGCCUGUGAGGCACUUGGUCAGAUAGCUCUGGAUCGUCGGUCGCAAGACAACAUUAGUAUAGUCAUAGCUGACUUGGGGAGGACAAACUGGAAGGAGCUGCCUGCUCAAAGGCCAAAUUUAUUCUUGGAGUUAACUCAAGCAGUUGCAACAGUUGGGGCCGUCUCAUUAGGGAUUUAUAUUUCAUCGCUCCUUGCGUUGCAGUAGGCCUAGAAAACAAACUUUGUAUAUUUGAUCAACACGGGAACCUUGCAACUGGGGAAGCUGGUGAAGAAUGUGCGGGCCCCCAAGCUCAGAAGACAUUCGGCUAGAGAACUCGAAGGGAAAACAUAUUCGGGCAAAGAAGAAGUCGAAUGAAAAAUUUUGUGGGGACUACUUAUUAACCAUUCUUGCCAGCUAAAGCCAAAAGACUAUAAUGACUCUGAAAAUAUACCAUAAUGCUCCUAGGGUUGAUGACAUAGCAAGAGCAUUAUAGGAAGUUCACUAAAGCCUGUGAGGGUAGAAAUGUAAUAUCAUAUGUAAGACUGUAGGCUAUAAAAGCUGGUCAAAUUCCCGUCGCAGGACAAGACAUUUUUAAUACAAAAGUAAUCCUCA